UAUAUAUGUAUAUAUAUAAAAUUUAAUGUUUUAAAAAUAUAUCUUUAAUAUUCUUCUAACUAUAAAAUCAAUAACUUCAUAUGUUACUAUGUUAUCCCUAGUUGUUUUUAUGUUGGUAGCUCUUAAGAACAGAUAUAGGAAGUUUAUUACGAACAUAUAUACGUUCGGAUAAUUUUGAAAAUAAAAACAUAAAUAAGAUAUCAAAUCGGAGAAAUUUAAUUAUAUAGAUGUAUGUGUAUUGCUGAGUUUUUUAGGAGUUCCAUUUUUAUAAGAAAUCAAAUGUUCGCUGGUACGGCAUUAUUCUUGUAAAGCGAUUUUUUGGGAAUGUAGAAUUAUGUAUAUAACAUUAAUAUUAUGACAAUAUGUUAUCAGAUCUAUACGUGUUGUGCGUAUAAUGAGCAAUAAAAUUGAAGAGGUAUAUAAUUGUAUAGAUCAAUAUAAUAAUGGUUAUGCUUUGGAAAACAUCCAGAAUCCUUCAUUAAUUCAAGACAAUCAGGCUAUAUUCCAAAAUGAACAUCCUCACAAACUUGUAGUGGAUAAUUAUAGUGCAUUAAUAGAAGUAACGGUAAAGACAAAAGGACAUAAUAUAAUGGUCAGCAGUACACCGAACAGUGGACAGAAUACCGAAGAAGGAUCAAGAUCUAAACAGAAUUGGUAUCAAGCCUUACAAGAACAAACUCGUCCCAUUGUAAAGAAAAGUUUACAGAGCGUAUCUUUAAAAAAUCAACAUACAAAUAAAAUAUCUUCUGAACCUAAAGAUAAUAAACAACGCUUGGAUUCUCAAAAACAAUUAAAAUUUAGAAAUUGUAAUGUUAAUAAACAAUUGAAUGACAUACCAGAGAAACAAGUCCCAACGCAGAAGAAAUUGAAAGAACAUCUGAAAAAAUCUUUACACACUGGGAUUUCAUCAGGCGUUUCUUCAUUAUGUAGUACAAAAUGGAUUUCCGUUCUUGACAAAGGAAUUCAAUGCGAUAGAAUAUUUGAUUCUUCCAAUGAUAAAUUUAGUGAUUUUAAUCCUGUUAGGACAUUGAGAUUUUUAAUGAAGGAAUUAAAAGAUUUGAUAAAAGAUGAGAAAUCAUGUAAAAUUCUCACGAAAAUGGAACAAGCGUUAUUUCGAAUACCAGCAGAACUAAAAAAGUCAACAAUGGAUUUAGAAGAAUUAACUCUUCAUUCACGACUCAAUGUAACCACAGCGCAAUUAGAGGAAAUAAGUAAACGAGUGAAUACUGAAUGUUCUUUACGCGAAGAACGAGAUUCUUUAAAACGGGAUAUUGAGAAACAAUUGGAGCUUUUGGAAGUAGCACAACACAAACAAUCGGAUUUAGAAUCUUCUAUAUUAGAGUUAAAGGAACAAUUAAACGAAUCAUCGAAAAUGAUAGAAAGUAAAGACAAAAUAAUAGCAAAAUUAAAAACGGAUAUUAGUAAACAAAUGGAGCUUACACGACAAAGUCAUUUGGAAAUGCAGUGUUUAAAGCUUGAAAGGGACAAAUUGUCCGUUCUUUCUUCUUAUAAAGACUCAGAAUUUAACGAAUAUCGUAAUAUUAUAAAGGAAUUUCAAAAUCAAAUUACAGAACAUUUGAUGAGUUUCAAAGAAGCUUGUACCAGAGAAGAAAAUUCAAACGUACGAGGUUCAGUAAUUCCUUGUGGAUUUGCUCAUUCUUCACUUUCUUCAGCAUUUUCCGAUUCUAAUAUCCUUACAUCUUGGCAUGAUAUAUCUAUAUCUACGAUAGGACCUAGUACAAUUAAAAAUGAGUUGAAAAAGGGAGCUUUUAAAAAAGAAAAUCUAUCGAUCUCCGAAUACAAAGAAGCAGAUAAAGAUACGAUAAAAGUCAAAAUGGGAGAAAUAAAUGAAUCAACAAAUAAUAAAGAUUCUACGCAAUUGGAAUUUAUUAGUUUGCCUGCAGCAGAAUCAAUUUUAUUACCAUCUUAUAGAGAUCAAGGAUGUAUAGAUCAAAGUGAUACCAAUAAGGAUAAAGAUGAUCCAUUUGCUUCCAAAACUAAAUUAUCUAAUCGUGUGCAGCAAUCUGUUGAUCCUGAUUCCAUUAUCACAGGCACGAAAUCUUAUGUUCAAUGUUCAAAGGACAAUGAAAAGGUAUCAUAUAACAAAAAUUUAUCAAAGAUUCGAAAAACAUCACAAUCGGACAGUAAGAAGAAAAAACAUGAGAAUCAAGAAAUAGAAGAUAAUUCUAGAUUUAUAGAAAGUAAUAUAUCGGCCGAUUUAAUAACUUCCGAUAUAAACGAACAAUUUCAAAAUAUAUUUGAUGAUGUUCGACGUAAGAACAGAAUUUCUGUUAAUGUACCGAGUCCACCACGACAUUAUCCUUAUCCGGAUUGGACCGAUAGUUCUCUACCUAGUAUCAGUGUUGAUUCUGAAUCAAAUAUUGUUCAGUCAAAUAUUAUUUGACUGCGUAUUUUUAUAUUCUCUCUCUUUCUCCCAUUCUCUCUCUCUCUCUCUCCUCUCUCUCUCUCUCUCUCUCUCUCUCU